CGUCAUUCCAGAGGUUUAGCCGUACGUGCAGACGCCCCCUGUUUGGGUUAGCUAGCUGGCUUAGGGUUUAAAAUGUCUCUGAACAGAAGAAUGAAGAGACAGCAGUUUAGGAAAUAAUAAGCUAAAUAAAGUUCCAAAAGGUGCCGUUAGUGUAUAAUGAAUGACAGAACAAAAAAAAAAACAAAACCCUGGCCUGUCAUUUUUGUACAUAAUGUUAUUUUAAUGCCCUGGAUGAAGCGCCUCAGCUAGUCCAGCACUACUGAUCAGAUCAGCUGGUACAGUCUCAGCGUCCAGGACAUGGCCACUGUCUUCUGGAAACUUUCUUCUUUUAUGUCUUAACUCUUCAUGUGUGUACGACUAACUACGAUAGGUCUGUUGAAAUAAUCACUCACUGUCUAAACUAGCCAUUACGGAUUCGGGCUAUUAAAAAAAAAGUGAACAUAUAUCCGCAGUGCUAGCCUAGCGUUAGCGACCUAGCUAGCUGGUAAGUUUAAUGCUCUUGGCUAGCUUGCUAAACCUGACCCAGGACGGACUUCUAUUGCUUUUACUCCAUGCAGACGAUUAUAAAGCACAUCCACGACACGAGGUGAGUGAGUGUGUGUGUGUGUGUGUGUGUAUGUGUGUGUGUAUGUGUGUGUGUAUGUGUGUGUGUCCUGGGGAAGAAUUAAACAGAUCACCUUGAACAUGAGUAAGAAACCCCCGAACAGGCCUGGGAUUACUUUUGAAGUUGGAGCCAGAGUGGAAGCACAAGACUAUUUACAAAAAUGGUACCCUUCACGUAUAGAGAAGAUUGACUAUGAUGAGGGGAAAAUGCUUGUCCAUUUUGACCGCUGGAGCCAUCGAUAUGAUGAGUGGAUUUUAUGGGACAGCAACAGGCUACGCCCGCUAGAGCGACCCGUUCUGCGUAAAGAAGGGCUGAAAGAAGAGGAGGAUUUAACUGAGAGACUCAGUGAGAUGAGAUCAUCUCGCCUGCGUGAGGUUUCGGGAUGUACAGAGAACACAGAGGACCAAAAAGACUUGCCACAACAGAGACAAUUACAAGAUUUAAAAGAUGGUGAAGAAGUUCUUGCCCGAUGGACAGAUUGCCGCUACUACCCUGCCAAGAUUGAAAGUGUCAACAAAGAGGGGACCUACACAGUCCAGUUUUAUGAUGGGGUGAUUCGCUGUGUGAAACGAAUCCAUAUAAAAUCCAUGCCAGAGGAUGCCAAAGGACAACAGGAUUGGAUUGCCCUCGUGAAGGCAGCCACAGCUGCAGCCAAGAGUAAAGGAGGCUGUAGGCCUCGCACCAGUGCCAACAGCAACAAAGAUAGAGAGGACAAAACAGAGCCCAGGCUUGAUGAACUCAAUGAUGAGGACAACAAUGCUGACUCUGACAGACUUGGCUCUUCUGAUGAGGAAGACUGUAAGCCAUCUUCUGAAGAGCUUGAGAUGGCUAAAAGAAAAAGAAAAAGCAGCAGACAAGGUAGUUUUAGCAAUGUGAAAAGAGCUCGUCUCAACAAAACAGCAGCCUGUGCCAAAAAUGAGAGCGACUGCAGAGAAGAUCUUCCUGUAGCAUCACAGAGUGAACUAGCAGCUGAAACUUGCCCCAGUGAGGAGCCUUUGCAGUCUGCUGUAACCCAAAGGCAUUCCGCAUCCCUCCCCAAUACACCCCCAGGGGUCUCCCGCUCUUGCAGACUAAAGCAUGAUUCUGGAGAGUCAAGCAUCAGCAGCUUGAGCACAAGUACAGCAGCUGAGUCUAAACCCUCACCCAUCUCCAUUCACACCCUCUCAGAUGCACACCCAGCCACUUCAAACUCUCCUCAGAGACGCAGAAGAUCUCAGCGUCUUGCAACUUCUUUAGACCCAACCUGCCCACCCUCACCACCUACUCGGGAUUCCAACCCCAACACACCACAGACUGACUGUAGUCAGAAAGCAGAUGCUGACAAUAUUUGCUUGGUGAAAGCUGAACCCUCUUUAAACAAACCAGUCACUGGUACUCCUUCUGUUCCGUCUCCUGGAACUGCUCAGUCUGCAGUCGCUGAGAAGGAAGGAACGACUAACAUGUUGCUUGUCAGUCAUACAUUAGUGGCAGAGAGACUGCCAUCUGUUGUAGCAGCUACUGGUCCAAAAACUACUUCCAGGACCCAUAAGCCCAACAAACAUGCCAGAGAGCCCAUAAUGAAUACCAAGCGAUCUGAUGACCCCAUGUCUCCUAAUGAGUCUCUGGUUGACCUGGACCAUAAUAAGUUCAAGUGUCAAAUUCUAGGGUGCUCAAAAGCCUUUCGGAAAGCUAAGCUGCUGGAUUACCAUCUGAAGUAUUACCACAAUAAUGAUAAAGAGUUGGAGAGUGAAGUAUGUUCACCUGAAAGAGAAGGUCGCACCAGGGCUACAUCUACUUCUGUACCUACCAGCAACAUAGUGGAGAUACCCGAUAGCAAGAGGCGCAGGACAGUCUCCACUUCCUCCUCUCUGUCUUCUCAGGGCCACAUGUUACAGCUGGACUGUGCUGGCUCUUGUCUGAAGCCCCCAAAAUUUUGUAGGAAGAAACAUUCAUCUGCUUCUGUCAGCUCAGACAGUACCGAAGUCUCACUUCCUGCUUUACCCAGAGAAAAGACAUUUGACAACUUUAAUGACAAGAUCCUCAAGAGGGUCACUGAGAAGGACAAACACCUUGAUCAAGGGCUAUGUAUGAAGCCUGAAAGGAAAUUUCAAGAGAAAUGCCAGCUCAUUGGGAAAAAGAGGGAAAAAGAACGUAGAGAUAGAAAAGAAAAAGACCCUUUCAAACUCAAACAAAAGAAAAAGAAAAAGAAGAAGAAGAAAUCCAAGCAGUACUGUUACUCUGAUAUGGAAGAUGUCUCCAUGUCUUACUUGGAGAGAUCAGCAUAUCUACUUCAUCGCUCUUCCUCUAGCUCCUUUUCUAAACACUCAGCCUUCCAGUUUCCUCGUGCCAUACUGUCAGUCGAUCUCACAGGAGAGAAUCUGUCAGACAUUGACUUCUUAGAGGACUCCACCACAGAGUCUCUGCUGUUUAGCGGUGAUGAAUACAACCAGGAUCUGGACUCUCUCACAAUGGAGGAUUUCCAGGAUGAGGAGGACGACUCAGCUAAUGAGAUUGUUCGUUGCAUCUGUGAAAUGGAUGAAGAGAAUGGCUUCAUGAUUCAGUGUGAGGAGUGCAUGUGCUGGCAGCAUAGUGUGUGUAUGGGACUUCUUGAGGACAGCAUACCUGACCAGUAUAUCUGCUACAUCUGUAGAGACCCACCAGGACAAAGAUGGAGUGCCAGAUAUCGUCAUGAUAAAGAGUGGCUAUAUAAAGGCCACAUGUAUGGCUUAUCUUUACUGACUGAGAACUACUCACAUCAGAAUGCUAAGAAGAUUGUGUCUACUCAUCAGUUAUUGGCUGACGUGUACAGUGUUAAAAAGGUGCUUCAUGGCCUGCAGCUCAAGAUGGACAUCUUACAGAAUAAACACAAUCCCAGUUUACACUUGUGGGCUCGUUCUUGGGUGAACUCAGAUGAGGACCAGCCUAUGGGUGGAGUUCCAGACUGCAUCAUGUUUCAGCAGCGUGUCAACCAGAAUAUAAAUACUGAGACCUAUAUCACCAGUGAGCACAGCUACCAAAAGCCUUCUGGCAUGGGCCACCAACACAAGCAUGAGCAGGGCUUCCAGACUGCCUCUCAGACACUGUCUUUUAUACCAAAGGAGGAGGAGGUGAGCAGUGCUAUCUCAUUGUCUGGCUGUAUGAGUGAGAGCAGCUUGGGGCAGGUGGAGCCAGCCAGAAACUGUCUGCAGUGGCAGAUGAACCUACUCACACACAUUGAAGAUGUUCAGAACCAGGUGGCUGGCCGCAUGGAUCUCAUUGAGAAAGAGCUAGAUGUGUUGGAGAGCUGGUUGGAUUUCACAGGAGAACUGGAGCCUCCAGAUCCUUUGGCUAGACUGCCUCAGCUUAAAUGGCGGAUGAAACAGCUGCUGAUGGACUUGGGGAAAGUGCAACAGAUGAGCACAGUGUGCUCUGUGUGAGCAUGGCCACAGAUUGGAAGCAAACACGCAAGGGCUGUGUGUAUGUAUUUGUCAGAAACUUUAGGGCACAACAGCACAUGCUUGCAGAAACUAAUGCACAAUGCAUGCGGUUUAAGAACACCGUUAAAGAAAGUGUAGACGACGAUCCUGUGCAAUGGUUGUUUCUCCACUAAGUAGUAAAGGGAUUGUAGGAUGAGCAAGAGCUGUGCUCAUAAUAAAGAUCUAAACCAUGCAGCAUUCAAGUGUUUACUGUCUCAACAACGCAUGAAGAUGAGGACAAUGUUCACAUUAUCAGCGUAUUCAAAUCAGCAGUGUGUUUACUUGCAACAGUUGCAAUCAGCAGAUAAUUAAAAUAUCUUUGAACAAUAAAAAAGACAGCGUAAAGUGGUGUGUUCUUUAUCUCUUGUAGAAAUGGUUCUCAAUAAUGUUUCAAAGAAAGGCGCACUGAUUGUGCUGCAGCUUGUGAUUAAUCUUUCCAGUUUUCAUAUGUCGGUCUCUAGGAAGACGUUAGAGAAAGAAAGAAUGGUUUUUAAGUACUAUCUGUGUUUGUGUUACUGAAUUGUAUUUGGGAGAAAUGAAUGUUUCUUUUGUAACACAUUUGAGGAGUAAAUUGUUACCAGGUAUCCAGACUUUCUUUCGAGCAAGUCUCUUAAAACCCACAUGGGAUAAUCUGCCAUCAAUUAAAUUAGAGAUGGAGGAAAAAAACAUUGUAUAAGUGGGUAGUCAGGUUCAGAGAUUCUCCAUGGCAGUGUCCAGGUAAUUUCAAAAUAUUUUGGUUGGUUGUCUGCAGCACUGACUCUGAUUAUCUGCUGCUGAACAAAUACAUUCUAUCAAUUCAUUUGGUCCAGGCUGCUAGUCUAAAAUGGGUGUAUACUGUUUUCAUUUUAUCCUAAAUUCUUGCUUCUGAAAAGUUAUGAGUGUCAUUUUGGUUGUCCCCAGUGCAGUAAGCUAGUGUGGAGUUGAAGGUAAAUGCUUUUAACAAGGAUUUUAGCGCGGGUUUAUUUUUAAAUGUAUAUACUGCUUCUAUGUACUGUAAAGAACAGGAAAGAAAAGCAAGGCAUAGUAGGACAAUAUAUACUUGAACAUGUCUUAUUCUACAUUUAUAUUGAUCUGUAUAAAAGUGUCUAGACCUGAAGUUGAUUUUGAUGAGAUACCAGCUGUACAUUAGAGUUUAUUUAAAUCUUGAUGCAACUAACUUUAUGUAAUUCAAUAAAAGAUAUUCUGACUA